AUGAACAGGCUGGCAUGCUACCGCACGGUGUUGUAUGGCCAAGUCGUGCCUGCUGAGCUUCCCAUCAAGCCCACCAUCAAAACGUGGAACCCUGUCGACUCUUGCCAUUCCGACACUGGCCUCAUCGUCGCCCAGCCUUCUGCUGUCCUCCAGCUUCCUUACGACACCAGCCUUUUCGCUGCCGGUACCCGUGAAGGCGAUUCCAGCGGCAAACGCGCGGGAGCUGUUUCUGACCCGAACACGAUCCACUACCUACAGUCACAUCGGCACAUCCGACCCAAACCGUCCGACAGCUUCGAUCCGCGCACUGGCGCCUUUGCCUCUGAUCGCAAGAUGCGCUUCACCUGCACCCACUGCGGGAAGGCCUACGCCCGCACAGAGCACCUCAAGCGUCACAUCCAGUCGACGCAUCAGUCGGACCGUGCCGACGAGGCACCGCGCAUCUACCCCUGCGAUGCACCAGGGUGUGAAAAGACAUUUCGCCGCAGCGACGUGCUCGCCAGGCACAAGCGGGGCCAUGCCUCGAGCGAGGAUGCAGCGCCCAAACCCACCAAAAGGAUCAAGCGCUCGUCCACGUCGUCUCCGUCCGAUUUCGCACAUCCCAGCACAUCCUCCCAAGCGUCGAUCCUCCGUUCGGCAGCGCAAAGGGUCAAUGACCCCUCCAAUUCGCACGAUGGACUGCACGGCAUGAUGGGCUAUCCUCACGCCGGUCCCUCCUUUUCACCGAGCCAUGCAUCCCGCCACUCUUUGAGCGAAGCUUCCCCCACCAGGCCCACUCCGCCAGAAGCGACAAACGCAGUGCAAUCUCUCGUCGGAACACUUCCGAACCAUGUCCACUCGGCAGGCGCCUACGCUCACUCGCACGCCAGCGCGCUUCCCACGCAGCCAAUGGUGGAUGACUCCUUCCGUCCGCAGCACGCCGGUCAGCCGCUCACAACCAGGGCUCUUCAGGAACAGCAACAACUCGCCAGCCUCGAGUACUCUCUAUCGCGAUCCGCAGGCGCACACACAAACGCAAACGCAAACGGCAACGGCAACGUAAGCACCAAUGGCUCGGAUGCGCUCCCAGUUCGCAAUCACGCCGAGACCAACUUCGCCAUUCAAGCAUUUCCGGGCAUGCCGAGCGCAUAUUCCGACUUUCCUGCCUCGCCUCGCUCGAAUCUCGCACCCGCUCGCCCCCGGGCACCGGCCGAUUUCGGCUUUUCCUUCGACGAGUGGGAUCCUCAUCUCUUUGAUCAGCCGCAGAACGGCGGAGACGCAGCUGGCAUUCAGCGCCUCGGUUGGGACUCGCUCAACUACAAGAAUCUCACCGGCCUCGACUGGAUCUUUGACGAUGGCGCCGCCAGUUUGACAGACGCUUCCGUCUUUUCGGGCGUGCUGCCCUCCUCUUUCGACGACGAGCUCGCCGCGCUCGAAGACUUCGGGCCCCGACCGCCCGAUUCCCUCUCGCGCGCCACCGAAAAGAUAUUCGAGAGAGCCAAGGGUCCAGAGGGCGCCUCCGAUCCAUUCGAGUCGCUCAACCUCAUCAACCUCGCCAACACAGCCAUCGACCAAGCCAGCGGCGGCAACAACAACCCUGCUCUUGCCAACGGCGGACGUACCGCGCGUAACCCGGACGAUGACGGAGAAUGGCCGCAAGACUACCGUCCCACGCGACGGCAGCCACCAACGUUCGACAUCUCCGACUUGAUCCUCGCCGUCGAGAUGGACGACGAGGCACAAGACGACAUCGCAUCAAGAAACGCAAGGACCAGCGAGCCCUAUUCGGAACCUGUCUCCAGCAGACACAUCCCCUUCGUCCUGAUCGAAGAAUCCUUGGAGGACAGCGCCGAUGGACGUCGCACAACAAGCCGCAACUCGCCAAUCCUAAAGGCAGCUCCCACCAAGUCGUUUGGAUUAACCGGAAAGAUCACCGAAACUGCCCGCCAACACCUGCUCGAAUACAUCCGUCACUCGUGCAAGCAUCCGUGGUCAGUCUAUUCUUUCAACGGCAACGCCGACAGAUUCCUCACCUGCUCCGAGAUCGAGAUCCUCGUCUCGCUCUACUUCCGCAAGGUGCAUCCAUAUACGCCCAUCCUGCAUCAGCCUUCCUUCGAUCCAGAGACCACCAGUCCUGUGCUCCUCCUCAUCAUGGUGACCAAAGGCCUCGUCUUUUACGUGUCCGAGAUGCAAGCCCGCGGUGCCCGUAGCGCGAGCCUCGCACGGCUUCAGAAGCGCGCCAGCAUCCUUGCUCCCGCCUUGUCCGAGCUCACCCGCAUCGGUACCAUGAGCGCCUACGAGGCCGACCAGCGCGGAUUCCAGGACAUUGUCAUCAAUUCGGCCUGGCUACUUCAGCAACAAUUCGGUAUCGGGGCGGGUAACAAGCGUCUCUACAAGCUGGCAGAGCGCAAUCGUGGCGGCAUCAUGACGGCCAUCCGCCGCAUCGGACUGCUCAACAUGUCCACCAUUCGCCUCGACACCACCGACCAGCCGCUGGACACGAUCGAUGAUCAGAAGCUCGAACGGAAAUGGCGCGCCUGGAUCGAGCGCGAAAGUCGCAUCCGCCUAGGCUGGUGCGUCUUUCUGUACGAUCAACUGUACAGCCUCUACAUGGACAUCUCGCCCGUCCUCCUCUACACCGAGAUCACCUCGCCUUUCCCCUGCGACGAGCAGCUCUGGAACGCACGCUCGGCACGGGAGUGGUACUCGCGCAUCCCGCAGCACUCUCAGGCCACACCCAAAACCUCGUUUAUCGAUGCGCUCAGGAAGCUACUCGAUCCACCGCGGCACGAAGACAUCCCCCUUCGCCUCAACCGUUUUGAGGCCUACAUUCUUGCCGUCACCCUCUACCGCAUUCGCUGGGACACUAGCAAGCGUUCAGUUCUUUUUGGCAUGGAGGCUUUCGCUCACGCCGAAGAGGUCACGCUGGGCGAGAACCACGUGGUGGAUGCAGCUUCAGGCACCGUGGCCAUCGACGCCGCUGCUGCAAAUGCGCUCCAAGGCCUCGCCGAAGCAGCAGCGUCUGCCACACUCUCGCUCACUUCCAACAGUCCCGCAAAACGGUCCAAACCGUCUGCCAAUCCUCCCAGUCUGGCUCUGAGCGUCGACGUCCAGCUUCUGCGAUUGCUCUCCAGGAUGCACUUUAGCGGUCCACCCGCCUUCUUUGACCGUCUCAAAGACGCUGCGGGAAGAGCCGGAAAUGCUAGGCGGGCCGAUGCCGUGAUCGAACUGAAGCGCUGGGUGGCAGAUCCUAAGAAUCACGUUGCGAUGCGUCAGAUGCUGCUAGCUUCCGCACAGGUGUACGACCUCAUCCGCACCUCGUUGGACGCAACCGCAGCCAAUUCGAACGUCAUGGUGCUGCAGAGCCAUGUCGGCAUUGUCGGUCUCUUCCACUCGGCACUCAUCGUGUGGGCGUACGUCAAAUUCGGUCCCAUUGUCCAGCGCAAGCUCUCCGUGCAUGGCUCUCUGGGACAUGCUGUGAACGCAGAGGGCCCGACAUCGACUCUGAACGGCAAGGGCGAUGAGGUGAUUCGGGCGAGCAAAUCCCAGCUGGAAUCGCUGCCCUAUCUCUCGCCAGCCGCACUGCGGCUCGUCGAAGAGGCCGGAUUCAUAGAUCUGAUCGCAGCGAGCGGGGAGGCGACCAAGAGCGCCGACGGCACCGAAGACUGGCAAGAGCGCGCGAGCGACAGCACCAACGAGUCCGGCUCGCUCUCAGUGGGGACUUGUGCGUCGGACUCGAGCACAAUCUCGCGUGUUGUGGAAGCCUGGUCGCUCGGCGCAUAUCGAUCCACAGUCGACGGCAAGCCUCGUCGCUGGUCCGCAGCCAACAGCCUCGUGGUCCGCAUCGCGGGCAUUGGCGAGCUCAAGUGUAGCGACGGAAAGGGCAUCAAUAGGCAAGGUAUGCCCAACGGAGGCGCUAGCACGCACCAGACAGCCUCGCGGAACUCGUACGACGAAGACUUGCGAGAGCGAUCGUCGGAAGAAGUGGGCGAGAGGCGCAAUGUUGACAAGGCGAUCUCUUCCAUGCGAACUGUCCCGCCGCAGAUGAACGGCGCGUUGACGCCACGCGGGCACGAGGGUCUACCACCAGGCACGCCCACCGUCGUUCUGGAUGAAGGGAGCGAAAUGAAGACGUCGCGCAUCCUCAUCCGCUUUGCAGCGCUGCUUCGCAAGCUCGACUGGGGUCUGGCUGCGUCGUUCCGAACGAUUCUCAUCCACAUGGCGCGCCACGAAGCGCGCGCGGUCGAGGCUGCCGAGGCGCUGCAAGAGGCUAGCGGCGAGUCGAGACAAAUGGCCAGCUGA